AUGGAUCUGGCUGAGCUUAUCCCAUAUUACUUUUGCAGUGGAGCAGGACUUAAUCUCACAGAACAUAUUUGUGUUGAGAGAUUGAAACAGGAUGUUCUUAGCAACAUUAUCCAGGCACCCCGCGCUUGGUAUCAACGUUUUGCUGAUUUUGCUGCAUCAAUUGGCUUUAAUCAUAGCAAAUUGGAUACUUCUUUUUUCAUUUAUCGCCAUGAUCAUGACACUGCUUACAUUCUUCUUUAUGUUGAUGAUAUUGUGCUCACUGCUUCUUCAGAGUCCCUUCGGAAAUAUGUCAUUUCUCAACUUAGCACUGAAUUUGCAAUGAAAGAUUUGGGUCCUUUGAGUUAUUUCUUAGGCAUUGCUGUUACCCGACACAAGAUUUGUUUGUUCUUGUCUCAAACGAAAUAUGCUCAUGACAUUAUUAAGAAAGCAGGUAUGACAGAUUGUAAUCCAGCUUCCACUCCUGUUGAUUCUAAAGGAAAGAUGAGCACUCAAUCCGGCAUUUCUUAUGGAGAUCCUACCUCUUAUCGUUCUUUAUGUGGGGCGUUACAGUACUUGACAUUCACUCGUCUGGAUAUUUCUUAUGCUGUACAACAAGUUUGCUUGUUUAUGCAUGCUCCUCAAGUUUCUCACAUGAAUGCCUUAAAACGAAUCAUCCGUUAUAUUCAAGGCACUACUGAUUAUGGUUUGCAGUUAUACAAAUCAUCUAUUACUUCCCUUAUUUCUUAUACGGAUGAUGAUUGA